CUGCACCUAAGAGAAUAAAAGGAGCAGCCUGCAGUACUCCCAUACAGUAUGAAGGAGAAUCCUUACUGACGAGUGUGGUGUUAAAUGAUAAUAGUUGCAGUAUAACAGAACUGCUUAAACUUCAAAAGAAGAGUCAACUGAGAUAUGUUCCAGAGAGACACAUCAUGAGUGAGAGUGUUUCAACGAUGGAUAGUUCUGAUGAUGAAGGGGAAUUCCAAGAUGCAUCAGAUAAAUUCUUCAGUGAGGAAAAAGGCUUUCCUGAAACAUCACAAGUUCAUCAAGCCAUCUGCCCAACGCAGAUAGAAAUCAUUCACAUCAGCAUGGACUCCAUGACUCUGCAGUGGGACCCUGCUGCUGGUCAAGUGCAGAGCUACAUUGUAACAUGUAGCAGCAAGGGAAAAACAGUUCACCAGCUGGAAACUGACAUGAACAGCUUGACUAUUAGAAGCCUGAUCCCAGGGGUGUGUUACCUUGUUCAGGUUUCUACACAACUCGAAAAUGGAAGAAGAAGCAAACCUGCAGUUACGUCUGCCAGCACAAAGACACAACUCCAGUGGUUAUUGGAGGAUCUGGGGCUGACAUCACACUACAAGGAAAAACUAACGCUAAGCACAGUACUUCAGGUUGAUGAAAGGACCAUCACUGAUGAAUCUGCCAAGAGUAAUAUAGAUAUUCCAUUGUCUUUUGUGAAAAAAAUAAUGAUGGUUAAUGUGACAGCUAGAACUGUAAGAGGAAUAUCAGUAAGUAAAGUAGACUCUAAUGUUAAAUCAGGAAACGCAAAUUUAGAUUUGAAAGAUCUUAUUGACAGUUCAUUCUCUGGUGAAACACUGAACCCUCUUGACAUCAUCACUGCUCUGUUUCUGUGUUCUGAUGGUUUUGUGCAGCAGGAACUGACACUGAAAAUGUCCAUGUGUCAGUUCUCGGUGCCUCUGCUUCUUCCUAACUGUGACACACAGCAGUGCACACUCAUGCUAUGGGCCAUGAGAGACAUUGUUAAAAAGUACAGACCUCAGUCACUUUCAGAGUCAAAGGGCUUUAAGGAGGACAGAAUAGUCGUCUCUGAGCUUCCAAUGAUAUCUUUUGUUAGACUGGGUGAGUGCUCCUUGUCCAAGUCAGAGAUCCUCAACAAGCUACUGAGCAGUUCUCAGCAGUACCAUGACACCUUUGUUCACCACAACAUGGAGUGUGGAGACAGUCCAAGAAAAAUCUCCAAUGGUCUGGUUGAAAUAUCCUGGUACCUCCCAUGUGGAAACAAGAACAUGGACAUCUUCAGUGAGCCAGUGGCUGUGGCCAACCUCCGUGGAGACGCCGCUUCAUUUGAAACUCAAUAUUCAUUUUUGUGUCAAACAUCUGCAGCUGUUUUUGUUUUCUUUGACAGUUUCAGUGCUGGAUGUAGUUUACUGACCAACCAGCAAAACAAGGCAAAGGUCUUCUUGGUGGCUGACCAGAAGAGUAAAACCUUCAGUCUGGACGAUUUACAAAAAGUUGCAACCAAGCUAAAAUUGACUAACAGCAAUAUUAUAUUAAAGACAAAACACAUGAAUGAUGCCGAUUUCAUCAAACGUUUGAGGGAAACAGUCAAAGAUUUACUUGUUCAGUCAAAGAUGAAGAUGAAAAUAGAGCAGAUGGCUGAUAUUGCUCAUGAACUGGGGAUCAUGGUUGAUGAAGACUGUCCAGAGUGUCAGACAGCCAAGAGAAAUGCAGACGCCAUCACUGCAGAAAUACAAGACAUCCUUCAAUACAAAGAAGCUCAACUUCCACUACAAGGUCAAAUAUGGAAAGAACUGACGAUGUUGGAGAAGGAGGAGUUUAGACUUACAAAAGUUGGUUCUGAAAAUAUAGAAAAUUACAAAAGUAAACUUCAAAAACAAAAAAAAAAAAUUAGAAAAAAGCAAAGCUCUCAUGAUGUGUCAGAUGCAAUGACAUGUUUCAUCAACGCAAUAUCAAGUCCAGGACUAGAGAGAUGUUAUUUCCUGAAAUGGAUGCGGAUGAACCUUGAUAAUCUGUCUAGAAACAAACUGUCUGACCUCAGGGAGCUGUACAAACAGAAAUGUGAAAGUUCUGAGAACAAAGAGGAAAUUAAAGACAUUGACAAACAACUGUCCAGCAGCUCACUGGGAACUGAACACUUCUUCCGUGAGAUGGGUCAAAUCUAUGAAGCUUCAUUUUCUCUUCCAGAAACAAACCCAUCACGUCAACAGCUCCAGCAUCUGCCCAAACUCUGUGCACAGCUGCUGCUUGAUGGAUUUCCUGUUGAGCUUGUAGAUGGAGAUGCAUCCAACAUACCUCUCAGAUGGGUGAGUGAUGUUCUGUCUCAGCUCAAUGAGAUGGUGUCUCCUAAGAACAAGGUUCUGAUUGUCACGGUUCUUGGAGUUCAGAGCACAGGAAAGUCCACUCUGCUCAACACCAUGUUUGGAGUUCAGUUUGCCGUCAGCAGCGGUCGAUGCACUCGAGGUGCUUUCAUGCUGCUCAUCAGAAUCAGUGAGGAUGUUAAAACAGUCCUCAACUGUGACUUCAUGGUGAUCAUUGACACUGAGGGCUUGAAGUCACCAGAACUUGCACAACUGGACAACAGCUAUGAACAUGACAACGAGCUGGCAACACUCGUUGUAGGUUUGAGUGACAUCACUAUUGUCAACAUCGCUAUGGAGAAUUCAACAGAUAUGAAAGACAUCCUGCAGAUAGUAGUUCACGCUUUUCUCAGGAUGAAAGAGGUCGGUAAAAAACCUAAAUGCCAGUUUGUUCACCAGAAUGUUUCAGAUGUUUCAGCUCAUGAGAAGAACUUAAGAGACAGGAAACUGUUGCUGCAACAGUUAAAUGAAAUGACCCAGGCAGCAGCCAGGAUGGAAAAGAAAGAGAAGAACAAGAGCUUCACUGAUGUAAUGGAGUAUGAUCCAGACACUGGGAACUGGUACAUUCCUGGACUCUGGAAUGGAAACCCACCAAUGGCUCCAGUCAACGCAGGCUACAGCGAAGCUGUUUAUGACCUCAAGAAAAAUGUGAUCAAAUUACUGGGGAAUCAUCAGUCAUCAGGUAACAAUAUCAUGGAGUUUACAGAGUGGAUGAGAAGCCUGUGGAAUGCAGUUAAACAUGAAAACUUCAUCUUUAGCUUCAGAAACAGUCUAGUAGCUGAUGCGUACAUGAAGCUCUGCACAGAGUUCAACAAAUGGGAAUGGGAAUUCAAAAAGGACAUGUACACAUGGGUCACACAAGCUGAAACAAGUAUAUCUAACUUUGGUACAAUUGCUGCAAAAUAUGAGAUUUCUGACAUCAAGGAACUUCUCACUUGGUUGAAAACUGAAGCUUCCACUAAACUGACUGACUGGGAGGAAAGGCUUCUGGACAAUCUGACACAGUACUUCAAGCAAACAGAGGGUCACGUCUAUCUGGUUGAAGGAUACAGAGAAGAAUUCUCAAACAGUGCAAAAAGCCUUAGAAGAGAAAUAGAGAACUCUGUGUUUAAUCAGCUCACGGCAGCAGCAGAAAUCAAACAGGGAAUGAGAGAAGUUGACAAAAUCAAGAAGAACCACACAAAAGAAAUAGAAAAGGCAGUGAGUUCACUGAUUGAUGAAUGUCGGAAGAAAAAUGUCCAAAUGGCAGAUGAAGAACUGGACAAAGAGUUUGAUAAGAUGUGGGAACAAACAAUGAGCAAAUUGACAUUUUCUACAAUAAGCCCCAUAAAUGUUUUCACCAGUGCAGCACACUGCCUGAGAAUAAACCUCUCACAUAAGGGGAGUUAUGCAUGUGAACUGUUAAGUCAAAGUAGACUUGAGAAAUAUGGAAUUGAGCCUUUCAAAGUAACAGUGGAAGGACGCUUGAAUCGAUUUUUACAUAAAAUGAGCAAGUUUAUAAACUAUGAAGAUCAUGUAAUGCUGCUACAAAAAAUGGCUGACAGCAUCAUAGACGCUUGUAAAGAGGCUGUAAUGGAAAAAAUGUCAAAACGUACAAAUUACCAUGAAACUGACAUCCAGGAGAUUCUGCACCUGAUUGAUGGUCAACUACAAAACAAUCAGGAUGUUGACACAGACAUCACAUUUGAGGUUUUUCUAAAACAGCACAUCUGUGGAUUUGCAGCCAGAAACUUCCAGAAAAUGCACAAAGAGUUUCUUCAUAUGAAUGAUCCUCACACAUGUCUGAACCAAAACAAGUUCAAAUUCUGUGCUGAUUUCAAAGAUCUGUUCCAUGAACGAGACCAGUGUCAGAAGAAGGCAGAAGAAUUCACCAACCAAUGUUUGAAGCCUGCAGUUGAAGACUUUGUCAAACGUUCCCUGGGUCCUGAUAUCAUUGGUGAAAUGAUGACGAUGCAGCAGUUCAGUACACGGAUGUUCUUCCAGUUUUCAGUUUUACAGGAUUUACUUGAAAAGAAUCAAUUUAAGAGCUAUUGCAGUUACAUUUCUUCAUAUGAAAAUUAUGUCAAAAACUGGAUAUUAAACCAAAUAGUGACUCGCUUCUCAGAUGGUCCUAAGAUGUCUGAGUUUGAGGAUCAGUGUCUUCAGUCAGCUAUAAAUAGCAUAAAUGCUGCCAUCAACAAGGCCAAAACAGGGAAGAAUAUUGACUUUAAAACAUUUGUUGAAGACGUCUGUAGAGAACUAGGGGAUAAACUGGUAAUUUCCCAGAAUGCUCUUGGUGCUUUUAUGAUCUUGAACAACGCUGACAAGGACCAGUUUGCUCACUGGCUCACAGAAAACGUGAAGGACAUGGGACAAACUCUUAGAGAUGAUUUUUCAACAUUAGACAUUAAAAUGAAACUCAAACGUCUCCAUGUAAAACCUCAGAAUGAGCUUUUCACCAAACUGAUAGGAUGUGGAAAACAGUGUCCUUUCUGCAGCUCACCCUGUGAGGCUGGAGCAACGCAACAUACUGAGCAUUUUGCUUCACUGCAUCGACCACAAGGCUUGGGUCGAUGCAGGUGGACCAGGACAAACAAACUUGUUACUGACAUCUGCUCAUCUUUAGUGGUCAGCGAUUGCCAGUUUCUCUGUGAUGCUACAAAUAAUAGAUACUGUCCUUACAAGCGUUACAAAGAAAUUUUUCCAGACUGGAAAAUUCCCCCAGAUGAAAGUCUUGAAGCAUCAGAGUAUUGGAAAUUUGUGAUCGCAAGAUUCAACAAAGACUUUGCUAAAGAAUAUAAAACAGAUCCUGCUGAUAUUCCCUGCACUUGGUACAACAUUACACCUAAGCAGGCAGAGGACAGUCUGAAAGUGUCUUUUAAUGUUAAAUGAGAGACUCUAUGGGAUUGAUAGUAUUCAUGGUACACAUGUUAUGUGAUCUACAAAACAGAUCCCUCCUAAUAAUUACAUUAUUUUGAAUACCUUUAGUGUAUGCUCACACUUAAAACUAAAAAAAAAAAAACACAUAUGAAAUACAUUAGAACAGCUGAGAGAAAGGGCUUCUGGUUCUAUUUUCACUUAGGUUUUUGGGAAAAGUGCAAAAUUUUAAUUUGUUUAAAUAGGUUGUAUGUGUUCUACAGAGCCCUUGAAGGGCAUUGUUUUAUUUUCCAUGCACACAAAACUCUCUCCCGCACACUCACGAGGAGCAAUGUUGGAAAUCAGAGUAUUAGAUUAGUCCUACAUUAUUUACUUGAUGUACUGUCAAAGAUCCCGAAUAGUGGACAUCGAUGGUAAUGGUAAAUUUCAACAUAAGAAAGAGCAAGAAGUCAGAAGAAUAAGCAGAGGUGGACGGUCAGGUGAUGUUUGACGAUCCAGAUGAUUUUUAACAAUGGAGUAAUUUGCUUAUGUUUGAAUGAUAAAUCUGUCAUUUUUAAUACGCGUUCUAAUACAUUUUGUAAGCUUGUAAUCAGAGUGAAAUAAACAUAAUUGUUUGACUGCAGGAGUCAGAUGUAGGUCUUGCAAUCUUGUGUGCUCAAGCUAUAAUCUUGAAAUGUUGUGUGCAAGCUAAAGGAACCAAAGUGUCACUGGAAAGUCCCAGAACUGCCAAAGUAGGACAUGGCUGGAGAAAACUUAGGAAAUCCACAAGGUAAAGUUGCUGAUGAGAUGCACUUUUAAUCAAAGUGAGACAAGGAUUAGAUCAUGCCUGAUGAUGUGCUGUCAUUGGUUAAAAGAUGUUGAUCACCCUGUAAGAGGACUGUAGAGGUAUUUGUAUAAUGAUGCUAAAAACGUUAGCAAGCAUGAUUUGGGCAGAAAAUGUGUAUAAAAACCCAAGGUUUUGGCUGGUUGAAGAGAAGACAUCAUCUACACAUCUUUCACUAGUCAAUUCUCCAGCCAGCCUUGAAGGGGUUAUGAGGAGACUAGCAGUAGACAUAGGGAAAGAAUGGGCAAUUUUUAUUGUACUUAAGCUUUUUCUUUGCUAAAUAAAGUACAGACUUUGCAGUUAAAGUAACUUUAUUUGAAUAAGGGUUUCUUAUUCAGGAGAGCUCAUAGCCUCUCCUCAUUUAGAAGGAGUCUGCUAUAACCCAUACGACUCCUUAGUUGUUAAGGUCCUUGGGGUGGUUCUGCAGGCUGUUUAAUUUUUUUCCCCUCUCUCAUCACACCAUGCCUCUGCUCUGGACCACACCCACUCCCUUCUUCUUCUUUUUGUUUUUUUAUGGCAACCUAUAUGCUGCAGUGCAUUACCGCAAGGUCUACACCACCACAUAUUGUCUAGCAUUUGAUUCUAUUUGUUUAAUACUUGUCAGUGAGCUACUUGAGUCUGACCCUAUUACCACCCUUUGUGGCCUACAUACCUCUGCCCAUUUAAGUGCAUACAAUAUUGUUUCCUGUCUGCCUUAGUCCUUGUUCACUUUCCUAGUCAUGUGUCACACUUCCUGUUUUAUUUUCCUACAUUUCCGAUUCUGUCUUGUCAUGCGUAGUUCACCUUUGUUUUCCAGUCAUAUAAUCACCAGCUGUGUUCCAUCAGUAAUCACUGUCCUGUAUUUAAACACCUGCACAUUUGAUUGUUCGUUCAAGCACCCUGUUUGUCAGCUGUCCAGUGUUUGCAGUAAGUCGAUGGGUUUUUUUUUGGUCUGCCUAUAUAUUGACCUAGGGAAGGCAGCUGAAACCCCAUGAAGCUUCCACAGGUUUCAUCUGAUUGUGCCGGAAAAAUGAACCAAACUUGCGGGGCUUUAAAACCACAUAGAACAGUAAAAUCUGGUGGUGCACUGCAAGUAUAUCAUCUGCUUCAACCAGCCUCCUUGUCUUUGCUGUACUUCAAUAUGUACAUAAUAAAAAGCGUAAAAACAAUUUGUGAUCAUUUUGUGAUAGAGUAAGAAAUGCUUGUGUUACAUUGUGAAUAAUAAGUAUAAAACAAGAGGGGUGUGGCUGUAAGCGCUAGUUAGUUUGUAAUAUGCGCCAAAUAAAUAAAAAUAAAGUCCAAAAUCAAUGUAUUCCUCUACAUAACUUACAUUAUUAUAACAUUGUGCCAAACCACUCUGCUUUGCGAAGGUAAAACAAGCGCUGAAGGCCUGCUUGACUACAUUUUUGCCUGCCGUUUGGUUUACACCUCUAUAUCUUCUAUUACCCAUGGUGGUAAUAGCGGCACUGUUGGUCUUAUCUCUUUGUUUCCAACUUCCAUUCUGUUCACCAUUUUUUCCUAUUACCCACCCAAAACUCCCAAUUUUUUUUAACUGAUUAACUUUUUUUUUUUGAAAAAUGCAUGACUUUAGUCUUACCUACAGAAAAUCUAUAUCCCCAUUUCAUUGCCCAUUUCUCCACCUAAUUUAUCACCUCUUGCAGCUUUCUGUUAAUGUACUUCUCAUUUCUUCAUCACCCCAUCAUCUGCAAAUAAUGCCACCCCCACUGAUUUAUCCACUUUCUCAAAUAUAUUAUUUAUCAUGACUGAAAAGAGUUUCCAGGCUGAUGAUACUACCCUGUAGUGUCCCAUUAUCUACACCCCUCACCUAUUUCCUUCCCUACCUUUACCACUGUUUUCAAUUUAAUUAAUAAUUUAGUUAAUAUGUAUGGUUAAUAAUAAUCACAAUUUUCUUUGAUGAAACAAAAUCAGUCUCUAAUUUCAUGAGUUCUAAUUUCAUGAGAAUUUUCAGUGACCUCUGUCGAAGAAUGGUGAACACAAAACCAGAUCUUUUUAAUGUUUUAUCAUGCUAAUACUAGCAUGAUAGCAUAGCACUAGAAAAAGAGUAUUUUAUUAUCAAGAACAGGAGGUGGUAGGGAAUUCAGAUUGGCAGUGAUCAAAACCAGGAAAUCCAAAACUCCAGCAGAGGUACAGGUAGGGACCAAGCAAAAGUGAAGGUCAAAAAAUAGACACAAGAGCAAAACCACAGACCUACAAGAAUGCUGGAAGGCUGGAUGAUAUGCACAGGCAAUCUGGCAAUGAGUGUGGUGAGAUCUGGCACCUAAAUGCUGAACCAAAUGACAAGCGCUGGUAAUCAUAUGACUAGAAAGGACAAUUGACAGAAACAAUAAGAGGCAGGAUGAUGACAGGAACUAGACAGUAUAUAACAGAAAAUCAGACAAAACACGAUUUACUAAAAGUCCUGACUCUCAAACUGUUGUUCCAUGUUUUACUUGUUUUUUAAUCCCUUUGUUAAACAAAAAAGAAAAAGCCUUGACUUAUACAAAAAUAAAACACCAUCCUUAUAGAAACUGAGCUACCAGCUACUAAAUAUCUGUUCACCUAAAACUUAUUAGCCGCCUUAAUCUCACACUGUUAGCUUCUGACAUUUCUUUGUUAAAAUUUGACGUGUGCUCAUGUUCCUGUACAAACACCCAGAGACCUGAUAAACAAGUUUACUGUUAUAUACACAGAAACUGGUUUGAGCUGCUGUGAUCAUGGUUUCCUGGUGAUGCAGUCACCUGACACUUUCUCAUGAAGUAAAAGUGAAACCAACCAAUUAGCACUUACAGCAAACUGAUUACUAGAUCAUUGGAACCUCUUGUCCUUAUAAGAGCUGGGGCUGCUGCAACCUAUCCCAGCUGUUGGGGAAUAGCUAAACGUACAAAGAAUGUACAAGAACAAAAGAAAUAAUCAGUUUCCCUAUCUGCAGUUCGUGUGUCCAAUGCAGGUACAGUUUGGUUCUUUAGUAGCUCGCUCAUUAUCUCCUUGUUUACCUACAUGACACAGUGCUGGUAACAUAACUAGUAGGAAGUAAAACCAAAUGUCAUUUCUGUGAAAGGGAAACCUAAGACUUACAGAGUGAGGCAACAGUAAAAGCCACGCCACAAGCUCACACAUAACAUUAACAACAACCAACGUGUCACACUAUUGUUUGCCCAAUUUUCUACAUUUAUGUAUACCUGCCCAUAAUGAGAAAUAUGAGGUCCCAUUGGCGUUAGUGGCAACAUGGGUUCUGCUGAACAUUCCUCAAAAAGUGGGAAUAAUUAUUUUUCAUUUACAACUGACUCAUUUUUUCCGAGUGGUAUAAAGUUGCUUCUGACCUCUCUUCCCACCAGAUGGGUGUGCGCAUUUGGCCCCCUAGUCUCAGUCAGUUGUGUUUUGCAAACUUUGGGUAAUGUACUUGUCAUUGACUAUAUCAUGUUGAUAACUGUUACAACCGAUCAGAAGAAUAAAGCCGAAAAUGUCCAGUCAUCUAUCAGUUAGUUUAUUUGUUCUUUUAAUUUCAUUUUAUGGGUAAUCAUUUUUUUUAUGUACUGUUUGAUUGUGGGUUGUUCUUUAUUAGUUAGUUUACUGCCUCACAGGACACUACAGUAUGUACCUUCAUCACCCAGAGGGGGUAAAGCAAAAGUGUCAGUUCUGUAAAAAUGAAACAUAAACAUACACCUGUGUACAAGAAUGUAAAAGUGACACUAAGUGUGUUGAGUGUGUGAAUUUGAGGGUGUAGAGGGUGGAGCAACGGGGGAUAUAAAACAUUUUGUGGUGUUUCACUUUGCAGUUUUGUGUUUGAUAACUUACCUGUCAGACAGCUCUUCUUAAACUUUUAUCACAGUUUUAUUUAGACCAGUCAUGGCAGCAGCAGAUUUGUCCAGGAACAGAGGAGGGUUUGGUGGUAGAGGCCUGCUCGUCACCUUCACUCUGUUUUCUCUGGUGUCUUUCACAAAUUCACUAGUCAACAACGAUGAACUGAACAAGCUUGUGGAAUCAUAUCAAGAUGUACAACAAGAGCUGCACAGAGUUAAAGCAAAAUUAAGCAGCACCUCAGAGUUAUUAAAUGAAGGAACCAACAUGAUAAACUCUAUGGCAGCGUGGAUGAAAGAAACUGUGAAGAAUCUCCCGGACGAUUUUCCCCCAGUGGAGAAUUUUUUGGCUGCUUCCCAAGGCUACAUGGAGGCAUUAAAGGCUUAUGUGAACAAUCAGAAUGAGAAGUUUACUGCAGAAAUUAGGGAGAGUGAAGAGGAACUAAAAACAAUGAUGAAAUUUAUCCAGUAUCUUCAAGAGUAUAAAGCUGAACUGUAAGUCUAAAGUUCUGCAACUGAACUUCUGAAACUGCAUGUCUUUGUUAGUGUUUGUUCUGCUUAAAAACUAAAAGACUCUUGAGCUCUUAAUAAAGAAUAACAGCUAACUUCA